UUUAGGAAACAUUAGAGCAACUUCACCGUCAUUCUUCAUCUGUUUUAAUGCCUUCUUUGACCUUUUACCGAUCUUGGUUGUGAGACUUGCAUUUGUCCAGAGAUGCUCAGAUAUUUUCCCCUAUAGUGAUUAAUUGCUGUAUAUCCCAGUAACUCGUGUGACUGGCACAAAUUGUGCUAUCUGCACUGAAUUUGAGUCAUGUGCUGGCAAACGUUCAGUCUUGGCUAAUUCCUUUUAGAGUUUUGUUCUCAGGUCUCUGUGAACCCAAAUUAUGGGAUUGCUUAAAAUUGUUGAGCUAUUUAGCAGUCAGGUAGUUCUUAUCUGAAUAGCAAGCUCAGUCUUUUGGCCUGCAAGUGAUGUCAUGUUCUGAGCAUGCAGGCCAUAAGGGAUCGCACAAGACUGUCAAGGGGAAAGAUGGGAAACCUGAGGGAGCGUAGAAAGAAAAGCAGUGCUCUCUCAUCCCUAGAAACGUGGGGCUAGGACACGUGCAGGAGCCCAGGCGAGAGAGGAUAUCAAAGUGCAGUAAGAUAAGCGGGAAAGGUGUUUCUGGGAAAAGUGAAAUAGAGCUGUAUUACUAUUUUGUGUGUGCUGUGUGCUGAAAAAAUAGAUAUAUGGUUUUCCUUUACCCCUUCUCAGAGGACUAAUGAGUGUCAACAGAGCAGAGUUCCUGGGUGUUUGGGACAGGCAAAGGGAAACAUGCCGUAAGGUAGUACUUGGAUAUGUUCAUUACGUUUCCUGCUGGAGGAUAUGAGCUGAUGGCAGGGGCAAGAAGGAACUGGAGAGAAUUUGCAUUUACUCCCUUCUGAAGCAGAAAGUCAUGGUUAUUGCCAAGGGCAGGGUAACUGGGAGGAUGGGUCUGGUGCUCUGAGCCGAUGUGACUGAUCUCCUGUUGCUUCCUGAGCUUGGCAGCAAUACUUGAGCUUUGCAUGCAGAAACCUUGUGUCAUGGGGCAGGACGUGAUUGUUCUUGCUAGGCCACAGCGGGGAUGUUUCAUGUCAGACGCUUAGUAUCACAAAGGAUUAGGAAGACUGUGCGCCUAGCGCCGUUGAGAAGUGCUUGUUGGGCAGGCAGUUGUCACCCAGGUGUUGUAUAGGUGUAAAGCUAGAAAGAAUUGUCUUGGUUGCAGCUACAAGUGGGAGAAUAAUCAUGUGCUGUUGAGAUAAUAAUCAGCGCUCUGAAUGAUAAUAUCUUAUAUGUUGCAGCUGUAAGAUGUAUGUCACUGAGGGAGAUCAAAGAAACACUGCAACCGAAAAUUCCCUAAGAAUAGCUUGUGCAUUUAUCAGCGUUUUGCAUAGAAUCGUUUUUGCAGUUUCUCCUGUUGUUCACAUUGAUCUUGUAUUUAACAGUCAGAGGAGAAAAGUAUUAUUUUAUUUACAUCUUGUAUUUUAUAACACUGUGGGAGCUCCCAGCAGAGCUAGAGUAUGAGACUGCUUUUUGGUCUUGUGGGGCUUUGAUCUUCCCACAUUGGGUUAGAAGCUAUUCCUAUUGAUAAUAAGGAAGCGGAGGUCAAAGAUCUGGAUUUCACUGCAGCUUACUGGCUUCUGAAAGUGCUGAAGAGGCUCUGCUGAGGGAACCGUUUUAGUGUAGAUAGACGGAAAAGGCCACGAGAUUUUUCUGCACCUUCUGCCUGGCCUCAUGGUACGAGGGAUGUGAUGAUGUCCUUUUAAAGGAGAUGAGACGAGAACGCUGUUAUAGUGAGAGAGUCAGGACUGAGAGGAGACGCAUCAGAAUUAGCAGUGUAACUAAAAUACAUCACAAUGCAUAACUCGUUCUACUCUUGUACCAGGUAAAAACUGUGAGAGAGAGAGAGAGAGAGAGAGAGAAGCCCGAAUAUGUUGGGCAGCAAGAGGAGACUCUCCUGCUGCAAGAGACCGUAGUGAUUAAUGAGAGAGGAAACUAAAGGCCGAGGGAUGCAGCGGUUUCUUUGCAUUUGUGUAGGGAUGGUACCGCUGUGCUCAUGCCGGCAUCUCUGUCUGAGAUGUCUAUGUGGAAUUAGCAGGGAGGGAGUGCCUUGAGAAGCUGUUUGCUUCAGGUGUGUUCUUCUCUUCUCUUCUAGAUCUAUCUCACAUGUCUUUUGAGGAACUACUGCAGGUGCACGAUGGUAUGGGAACAAGAGUGUAUAAGCAGGUGGCCGGUGGGAAGAAGACUGCAAAUCCUAUCAAACCCAAGAUAAAGCAUCAACAAAGCAAAAAGGGGCCACUGGAGAUGUCUGCCAAGAAACCUGUGCCUUUUCUGCGACAAGUGGUCCCUGUUACAAAGAAGGUCCAGCGAGACCCUCGAUUUGAUGACCUGUCUGGAGAGUAUAACCCUGAAAUAUUUCUGAAGACCUAUAGCUUCCUGGACACCAUCAAGCAGCGGGAGAAGGAGAUGAUUCAGAAACAGCUGAAAAAAUGCCGGAAUAUGGAGCAGAAGGAGAAGCUGCAGCAGCUCCUGAAGCGCAUGACGCAGCAAGAAGAGGAGCAGAAAAAACAGCAGAAAUGGAGGGAGAGGGAGCUGUCUUUGAAGAAACAGCAACGGGAACUGGCCCAGCAGGGGAAGAAACCCUUCUUCCUAAAGAAAUCUGAGAAGCGGAAAUUGGAGCUAGCAGAGAAGUACGCAGAGCUGAAGAGGAGUGGAAAGCUGGAGAGCUUCCUGAACAAGAAGAGGAAGAGGAAUGCCAUCAAAGACAAGCGCCGGCUGCCCUCACAGAAGAGCCUGUGACUGCUGGAUGGACGCGCUGUUGUCUGAAGAGGGAGAGGGAAGGCUGCCACUGGGAUUUGCUGUCCUGACUGGACCUUGAGGACUGCCAUCCUUCUUCCCCAUAUCUGCCUUUCACUUUACCGUGAUGCUAUUCGCCAGCAGAGCAGAGGCUGAGCUGAAGAAAAUGUGCUUUUGGAAACUGAAAUGCCCUCUUGGGGCUGGGCUUAAACCAUGCUGAGGUGGUGAGCAAGUCCAUCGUGCUGAUUCAUGUGGAGUUGACAUCUGGCUCUGUUCUUGGACCUGCUUGUCUCCUACCCUAACUAGGAGAGCACAAGCCCUGAGCUGCCUUGCUGACGCUUCAGCCACAAGCUGAAGCGGGAGGAGGCUGUGGGAGGGCUCUGGUCCAACGCCUGCUCAGAGCAGGGCCAGCACUGAAUUUGGAUCAGGUUGCUCAAGGCUUGCUCCAGUUGGGUCUGGAAACCUUCAAGGACAGAGGCUGCCACCUUUCUGGGCCCCUGCUCCACUGCUUCCUACCCUCAGGGUGAAACUCUUCCCCUCCCCUUACCUCCAGUGGGAAUUUGCCUGGUUUUAACUUAUGAUCAUUGUCUCUUGUUCUCAGUAAAGCGCCUGGCUCUGUCUACCCAAUAACCUCCUCAUAGGUGCAGGAAGGCCUCCCCCAAGCCACCUCCUCUGGGCUGAUCAAGCCCUGUUCCUUCAGCCUCUCCUCACGGGUCGAGUGUUCCAGCCCCUGACGGUUUUCCUGUCCUCAACUGGAGUGAGUGCAGCAGAUCAACGUCACCUGAGGGCCCUGGCUGGGUACGGUAUCCAGAGGUAGUCUCGCAUGUGCCGUGUAAAGAGGGAUAGUGGCCUCCCUUGACCAGUGGGCUGCACUCUUGGCAUGCAGCCCAUGCAAUGGCUGGCCUUCCUUGCUGCGAGGGUGUGCUGUUGAUUGUGUUUAGCUACUGUUGCCCGGGAUCUUUCCAGCAGAGUUGCCCCCCUUCUCAGCCUGGUCUCUGAAGGACUGUUAGUGCUUCUAGGUAACGCAGGUUCUGUGUAAAAUAAAACUCUAUUUUUCCUUUA